AGUGCAUCGAACUAUAAAUAUAAAGCCCGCCAGUCUGUGGGCCAGAGCACAGUUUUGUAGUACACCCUCGGAUACACCCAUCUACAGACCACUCGUUCGAAGCGUUACAACCGACGCUACUUCAACCAUGAAACUGUUCAUCGUUGUGGCCCUUGCGCUGGUGGGUGCCGUUGUGGCACAGGAUAGGUACACCUCCAAGUACGACGGCAUCGAUGUGGAUGAAAUCCUGAAAUCAGAUCGCCUGUUCAACAACUACUACAAGUGCCUGCUGGACCAGGGUCGUUGCACCCCGGACGGUAACGAGCUGAAGCGUAUCCUGCCGGAAGCCCUACAGACCAAUUGUGCCAAGUGCAGCGAGAAGCAGAGGUCAGGCGCGAUCCGGGUGUUGAACUACAUCAUCGAAAACCGCGCCGACCAGUGGAAAACACUCCAGCAAAAGUUUGACCCGGAGAACAAGUACAUCGAGAAAUAUCGGGAGGAUGCUAAGAAGGAAGGCAUCAACUUGCCGUCCAAGUAAAGCUACCGGCCCU